AUGGACCAACAGGAACCAUCUACGCACGGUUCUACAUUCCCAACCGAUGUGUAUCGGAGUAUCGACCCUAGGGGAUUUUAUGACAAAAUCCUAAAGCAACAACUGCGACCUGAUGGUAGGAAACUACGAGCAUUUCGCACUGUGGCAGUUUCCGAUCUUCUAGAAGAUUAUAAGGGCGCCGCGGAACUUUCAGACGAAGAUGGAAUCGUUAUUUCAUCAGUACGUGUCACUGUCGGUGAUACGCAUGUAAAUUGCGCGAUCACGGCGACACCACAGUUCGUAGAUGUAGAGAUGGCGGAGUCCUACAGCCCUGAACCACUCAUAGAUGUAGAAGUUGAACUACCAAAACAAGUACAAUCAUAUAUCUAUGAUGCAAAUGGGCACAGUGCAAACCUUAACUUCACGGUUGCAACGAUACUGGCAACGGUACUCAAUUCGGACGAUAUAUUACCUUCAGAACAACUGAUAUUUGUUGAAAACACUAAUGAGACGACGUCGGAAUGUAAAGAUGAUAUAUGCUCUUAUCUGUCAUGGCGCAAUUUCAGAUGGAAACUAGACAUUAAUUUAAUAUGCGAAGAGUAUGAUGGCAACCUACUGGAUCUGUCCGUCAUGGCGACAACUUACGCACUGAGGAAAGCGAUGUUGCCAGUUAUACUCUUGGAAUAUAACGAGGCAAUGGGAGUAUAUGAGAUGCGGAUACUUGAUCGUGAAACUUUAGAGCAAACACAAAAUCCACAGGUUAGUUGCUAUAUUAACAAAAAACAUAAAAACACACAACAGGCCAACAAGUGGAUCAAAGACAACAAAAAGGCUAUAGAAAAACAAAUAGAAACACAAUUAAUGGAAGAAAAUAUGGCUAGUCAGUUAAUCAAACAUAUGGGGAACUGGCAUUACCUUGGUAGACACCUCAAACUGUUGGCUGUGCCAUUUACAGUGACCUUCCUAAGGUACAACCAAGACACAUUCCUCGUGGACCCCACCGCAGAGGAGGAACGAUUAGGCACAAAUGUAAGUGUGUAUUGCUUAAAACGGGCAGACGGAUCAUCACAAACACAAAUACUGAACAUGACCUGUUGCAAUGGCAUCACAACAGAGAUAUACCAAUCUCUCAGACAAAUGGCAAUCGAUAUUAUCGACUGUAUAUCAACCAAUGAUAUCUAA